GACGACAAAGCGCGUCGGAGUACGGACGCGUCGGUCGACUCCACGACUUGGCCAGCACGCGGUAUUAUAUACGCACCCUGCACGUGUGAUUAAAUAACAUUACGCAUAGUACAUUUAGUUAAGUGUGAAUGAAACAGUGAAUGAAUUUCCAGUGAACUGUAAAAAAGAAAUUUGGCGCUCAUCACUGAUUGACAACCGGAAGAUGACCAGCACUGGCGUCACGUAAAAUGAAACGAUGGUUUCAUCGAAUCUAGUGUUUUUGUGGCAUGACUAAAAUUAAUAUUCAUCAAACAUUUGUUACGAGUGAUAUUACUGUGAUCUUGUGUUAACUGUGACAACAUGUAUCUCCAACGGGAUCUUCUGCUCUUCAUAUUCAUAAUAAUAUUAACAGCAUGUUCAAAACACUCACAUAUACAUGCACAAUCAACAACCACAGAAGUUGGAUUACCGGUGGCUAGAACGACACAAGGAAUACGAACGAACGCUUCGAUAUACGCGUGGAGCGCAUGGGGCAAGUGGAGUCCGUGCUCGAGGACCUGCGGCGGAGGAGUGGCGGUGCAGGAGCGGCAGUGUCUACCCAGAGACCCUGCGAGACUGCGUCGGAGUAGAAAAAGAAGGAAGCUAUCAAGAAGCGCAGACCACAACAGACGAGCGCGGAACGUGAUCCACGGCCCAGCGUCUGAGCCGGACUGCUUCGGACUGGCGCGUCGGUACCACGAGUGCAAUACUGCGCCGUGCCCGGGCCCGCAACGGGACUCGCGCGCCGAGCAAUGCGCCGUGUACGACCGCAGGCCUUUCCGCGGACGAUUUUACACCUGGGUGCCUUAUGUCGAUGGUGACGCACCAUGCAUCCUUAACUGCAGACCUCGUGGCCAGCAGUUUUACGCCUCCUUGGCGCUAGUGGCUGAUGGUACUUCGUGUACGAAGCCUGGAUUUCGAGCCAUCUGUGUGCAAGGAUCUUGUAAGGUAGUCGGUCGCGAGGGCGUCCUAGCGUCUACGACGUCCCGCGAGAUACACUGCGGCCGGCGACUGGUGUCUGGGUUGUUUUCACGGCCACAGCUUCCACUAGGGUACUCCUACGUAGUAACCGUACCUAGAGGGGCAUGCCGGCUCAACGUCUCCGAAGUUGUACCCAGCGAAAACUACAUAGCAUUAAAAGUAACGAAUGGCUCGUACAUAAUGAACGGUGAGUUCGCGGUUAGCGCGCCGGGCACUUACGAGGCGGCGGGCGCGCGUUUCGUGUACUCCCGUGGCAAUGGACUCGACACCGUAUAUGCGCACGGGCCCAUCCACCAUCCCAUCGACGUUAUGAUUUUGUACACGCAACCGAACCCGAACAUAAAAUACGAAUAUUUAACUGACUCGGAUCCAGAUGACACAAGCAACGACAUACCAACAGCUAAUCCCGCUCCACAUCAUCAAAUGCCGAGGCAUCACCAUCGUCACCAUAGCGCGGACACUUACGUGAGAGACCUCGUAUCGCAGCCUUCUUUAUCUGGUCAUCCAGACUUCAAUAACUUAGAGAGUCAAUCCCAAGUGGAGAGCAACGUUAUUGGAGACAGGAAGUUUGCGUGGAAGAUACUGUCUUUCACGCAGUGUUCUAGGAGUUGUGGUGGAGGACUGCAGAUUGGGAAAUAUAAGUGUGCUGAAUUGGGAGAUAAAGAGGACAAGGAGGUGUCUCCUGCGCACUGCAGUGGGGCGGCGCCGCCUGCUCGCCGGAGAAGAUGUGGAGGUGCUCCUUGUCCCCCACGCUGGAGAGCCGCUGCCUGGGGUCCCUGCCCCGUGUGUGGUCCGGCACAUAGAACCAGGAUCGUAGGCUGCGUACAGGAUCACGCCCGCGGCAUAACAAAGAUCAGCGACCAGAAGUGCCCUCUUCCAAUGCCUCCGAGCACCGAGGCAUGUGAUAUUCCCAACUGCGAUGGUACCGCGGUCACUCCGAGCGUACCCCGUCUCGACUCUAGGCGCCAAGUGCGCCCUAGAGACCACACCGAUAACUUUCGAGAAGGCCCUGUCAUAUCUCUCGCAACGAAUCUCACUGAUAACGAUAUUAUUAGUACACCUGCACCUUCGUACAACUUCAACGCUGGUGGAGGAUGGCUGUAUACAGAAUGGUCUGAGUGCGUAGGAUGGUGCGUUGGUGGUGGGGUGCAAUCACGUGGUGUGCGUUGCGCCGACCCCAGCGGCUGCUCGGCACAUCGAGCUCCAGAGGCCACGCAAACUUGUUCGGUCAGAAAGCAAUGCGACGCGCAGUGGUUUUCAGGUGACUGGUCUCCCUGCACUGCUCAAUGCGGCGGUCGACAAGUGCGCGGCGUGAUCUGCAUCGGAGGGAAUGGUAGAAGACUCCGUGAUUCUUCGUGUAGAGGCCCUCGUCCUGAGGCUGAGAGGGCUUGCGGAGGAAUAUGCACUCCUUCAUGGUACCUCAGUGACUGGGGAGAGUGCCAAGGUCCUUGCGAGGCAGGAGUGCAGUCGCGAACAGUGUGGUGUACCCGAGGAGGCGUGGAGGGGGCAAGUGGGGCCGCACGCGACUCCGAGUGUCCGGGAGUCAGACCUCCCGCCAAACGCACCUGUGUACCGGCCCGGUGCACGUCCAAGCCUGAUGUCAAAGCAGUUAUCAACCCAGUCUCUACAGUUUCAGAUCCACAACAAAGAGUCACAAGACACCAAAGUCAUAACGCACAAAGUCAGAGAGACAGAUCAUUCGCAGACGGUGGUUGCGUGGACAAAUUGAAUACAUGCGGGUUGGCGGUGCAGGCGCGCCUGUGCCACUAUCCGUAUUACGCCCAGAGCUGCUGCAACUCCUGCCACGGGCGAUAAACUGACGUGGUAACUUCCAGAGGAUUACACAAAAGCGUUACGAUUCGUUUUGUGAUACAAUGUGGACGCAUAGUGAGAUACGUAAUUUACAGUGAACGUCAGUGCACGAGGCAUGCGCACAUUAAACACUAAAACAAUUAUCGUUUAGCGUAAACAAGAGAUCUAAUAAACAUACGAAUAAAAACAACUGCAAUAGAGCAGAAAAAUUACGACUAAAAUAAUGUCGAAAAACUAUGGACUAAUUGCAAACGGUAUGCAGAAUACAAAGAAGCGACAAAAAUAGAUUUUCUCUAGUUUUAGAAUAUUCCCGCUCGCCAGAGCAGGUUAUGGCCAACGUAGUUUGUAUACAACCUUCACUUUGAAGCGUAGUGUGCGCGUGGCUCAAUAAAUAAACCCUUGAUUCAUGUGUGUAAGUAUUAGGAAUAGUUUCGUGAUCUCCAAAUAUUUAGUCGAGUUUUGGAGUCGAUCUGUGGACUGUAGGUUAUAUCACAAAAAUAUUAAAAUUAGAUAUAAAAAUGUUUGUGUUUAUUCAAAUAAUUAUUGCACAAAUGUUAUUGAUUUCGGCACUUUAAUGUUAUUUUUAAUUAUAACUUGCCUUAUAACCAUAAAGAUGCAUUUCUACCGAAUUGUUACGUAUUAUAUUUAGGAGAUUUUUAACAUUAACAAUUAUCGCUACAAUUCAUCUUUUUGUAAGCGUUUGCAAUGCAAAUGUUAGGUUAUCUGUAGAUUAAGAACAAAGAUAGUAUUCAUUUAAAUUGUAAUAAAGAACAAUCUUAGUUUCUAUUUGAAAUAUUACUUUUAGAAACUAUGUUAUUGUGUUCAUAAUUUAUUUGCGGAUUCUGUUCGAGGAUCUAUAAUAAUAUAUAUAAGUAACGAGUUGAAUUCUGUAAAUAGAUUAUUUUGUAUGUAUAGUGCAUUUUCAUACUGGCUGUUACGUAUUUAUACUGUAUUUUAAGUUUUAACACUACCAACUACCAUCACGAUUAUGUACGAUUUGUCUAAUUGUAAUUAUAUUUGCCAAACAGUUUGAAUAAAAUUUGUCUGUACUAAUGACGCAUAUAACAACGUACAAAAAUAAUAAGCUUUAAAUACA